CUCAGGGAAUGUCUAAAAUACGCUUUUUAUGAUACUUCUUUCAGUUUUUCCUCCAUAUGGCCGGAAUAAACAAAGAAUAAGGUUCUUCUUUACACACAUUGAAUGAGUGUAAGAGCUUCUGUUGCACAUUGGAAGACAAAAAGAAUUUGAGGGAAACUGUGAGAAUGAAAAUGCUCCCCUGUGUUCUGAGCACUGUGCUCUUCAGCCCUGUAGGACUAAAUGAAAUUUAUCAUAGAUGUGGGGCAACGGUGAAGUAACGAUGAAGUAACGAUGGUACGCUGUCAUGUCUGUAUUAAAAGAGUUGGGGAGGUUUCUUUUUAACAACACCUGAACAUAAUCGCAGGAGAGCAUAGAGGAUGUGUAUAAAUAGUUUGUCUUGACAAGGCUGUAAAUUAUUACUUGCUGCCAGCUGUCUUUAACAAAUUCAUUCUUCAGCCACGGCAAUGUGUGGCGGCGAUUCCUCCAGCGAACAACACGUCUGCUCUGCCAGGAAGGGCAGCCAGGUGAGGACGCCCGAGCAGAGAUUCCUCAGGAGUCAUGCCCGCGCGCUGCUGUUUCGGCCGGUCUGCCAAGCAGGGCAGCGAGCAGGGGAUGAGAUCACAGCUCUGAGGCACUGGACGCAGCUGCCCCCCCUGCAGGCAGAGAGUGGGACAGCUCUUUCAGCACAGGUCGUGAGUGGGUGUCAGUGCAGUUCUUGCAGCCAUGGAGCACUAUCAAGCAGCGAUGGUCCUGUCCGAGGCUGGUAACAGAGUGGGUUCCCUAAACGCUCAGCACGCCCUUUGGAAGAGCCUUCCGAAGCUGGAGGAGGGCUCAGAGCUCCUGGAGAUGGUGAUGCAGUCUUCCGACAGGCAGCCCUUUCCCCUGGGUUUCCUGCUGCACAUGGCUACAGCAGAGGCUCUGAUAACAGGCACAGACAGCCUGCAAUCCUUCUACAAAGAAGCUGUGAAACGAUAUCUUGUUGCAGUAGAAAGGCAUCAGAGCUGCAGCAAAGACUUUACCCUCGACACCAAAACAGAAAAUAAGACUGGUGUAGCUGUAAGAGGUUUGUGUAUAGGACUGCGCUAUUCAAAGCCUGAUCAACUUUAUGACCUUAUUCAAGCCAGUGCUGAGUGUGGCCUCAUGACACACAGCUACCCUACAGGAUACCUCGGGUGUCUGUGUGCUGCGCUGUUCGCCUCCUAUGCCAUACAAGGAGAGCCGGCAAGUCACUGGGGGAAGAGGAUGCUGGGAGUGAUGCCCCUGGCUGAGGAGUACUGCAGAAGGAGAACAACACUAUUUUCAGAUUAUAGUGAGGACUGGCUUUACUUCGAAGCCAAGUGGCAGCUCUACCUUCAGCUCAGGAGGAUUGACAAGGAGGGCUGUGGGAAGCCAUUCUUUUCUGAGAAUUACAGCUCCAUAGAGAGAAGCAAGCUGUACAAACGCUGGUGCGCCGAAUCGUCCGGAAGGAGGCAGGGUCUGGAGGUGCCGCUGAUCGCCUAUGACGCAAUGCUGGCCGCAGGGGCAGACUGGAACAAGCUCUGUCAAUGGGCCACGUUCCACGGAGGAGACAGUGAAUCUACUGGCACCAUCGCUGCAGCCCUGUAUGGCCUCCUCUAUGGGACUGAUAACAUUCCUGCACCUUUUCUCCAAAACCUCCAAUUGAAGGAGCAGAUGGAAAAACUAGGACAGGCCUUAUACCAUAGCACAGGUGGAGGAAGGUCACAGCCUGACAAGAGCUCCACACCCUCCCGUGCGAUCACUGCUCUACGACAGGCGGUGAAAAAACUGUCCAGCAGGCGCAAGGCAGACGAAGUGCAUAACCUCCUCAACUACAUGGCCAGCCUGGAGAAGGCCAAAGCCAGUUCCCCUGGGAAUGGGGAGCCUUCGGGAGCCACCAGUGGAGGAAGAGGGAUACAGAUGAAGGAGGCAGCAGCACUGAAGCCGAGACCCACCAGGUUCCAGCUCCUUCAGUCCAGAUUCACCAAGCGCGGCCUCAGGCCUGAGCUGGAGAGGCUCACGCUGAGCAGUCCAGGAGAGGAGAAGGCAGCCCUGAGGGCCAGCCAGGCCUCAGGCGGGGACACUGAUCAUUCUGGGAAAGAUGUCAAUGGGAAAGUGAGCUCCUCUGAAGGACUGAGCCUGGCAUCACACUGGCAGACAGCUCUAUCGGAUAAAUUAGCUCCUCAAACGGAGCCUGUAAGCAAAGUUACAGGGCUGCCCAAGGAAAAGUUGAAUAAGAACAGUGCUAAAAGUGCUUUUCUAACUCUGCCUUUUGUUAGAGCAGACAGUCCUCAGGAAAUAGCUGAAACACGUACUUUGAAACAGCAUUCAAGUUCCUCAAAAGCUGAACACAUGCAGUUACCUGCUGAAUCAUCUCUACAGUGCUAUGGCAAAGAAUAUCCUGUUUCAGAAGACUCAGCCAGUUGGACGGUCAGUUGUGAAAAUGAUCCUGAAAGUUACGGGGAACACAACCCACAAGUUUUGUUGAACACGGCAUCUGUGGGACUGGAGGAAUACACAAACAGCAACGCUCAGGGGAGAUCUUUCAGCAGUGCUCAGGAGAGAUCUUUAAGCCAUGCCAAGAGCCAGACAGAUGAUAAACAGGACACAAAGCAAGAGGGCAAUGAAAGCCACAAUUCUGACUCCAAACAAACGGCUACAGGAAUUCCCAGCUUGGUCUUGGGCAGGAAUAAUGAGCCUCUGUCUGUAAAUAAAGACUCAUAUGACAUUGAGCUCCCUGGAAUAAAGGCCUGUUAUGCUGAUGGCAAAAUCCCUGUUCAAGAGAGACAGAUGUGUGAAACGGAGUCUCGCGCAGAAGCUGAUAAUGUUAAAAUUAAUCCUCCCACUGCGUCCAACGGCAGUCCGGCCCAGCUUUCUGGCAGGGUCCGCAGUGCGAUUUGCGAUUCGCAGUGCUCCAGCUCGGGUGCAGAGGAGUCACUGCCAUCAGUCUCUGAACCCCCUCCAGUGACCCAGCCCAGCACAGACGAGUGGCCAGGCGGCCCCUGGGACAGGCCUGGCCUUCCCGUGCCUUGCAGCCUCUCGGCGGUGUGGUUCACAGAGAGGCCCGAACAAAGGCCUCCUGUGCAAGAGGACCCUCUGCGCCAGCCAGACAUCGUGACUCCGGUCCCGGAGGCAUCACCCGCUGGCCGCACCAACUGGCACGAUCCCAGAAUUCACAGCCGCACCCAGACGGACAAGUCCUGCAGCACACACACUGCUCCCUGGAAGUAUAAGGUGCACAGCUACGCAGAGCCCAUCUCUGCUGCACAAACCCCACAGACCACAGCCAGGUUUGUGAUACGAGAUGGGCAGCUCAUGAGACUUUCCUGAACCCUGAGGCCUGUCUUGCUCUCUUCUUAAGAAGGAAACUGAGUGGUAGAUCGAAGCCUGUCUGGCCAGUUUUGCUGUGUUUUUAGGAAUCACACCUGAAGGAGGUUGGAGAAUUUAAUAAAUCAACUAGGAAAAACAUUAGAGCAGCUUUGAGAUAUGAAGAAAAUGCUAUAUCUGUUGUAACAUGAUGUGAACCAAUUUUGUAUUUGAACAUGUUUAUUUACUUGUGUUUAGUGUUAUACUGUUAUCAUUUUUGGCAGCAUUUAAUGUACAAAUAAAAUACCACCUUGAAUCCAAACAUAAAAGAAUGUUUAUUUGUUAGACUGUUUUGAUUGAUUAAACUAUUAAUGAUUCCAUUAUUCAAUAUUAAUUUACAUCACUUACAGUAUCAUCAUUAUAAGUAAGUAACUUAUCUUUGAUGCUUUAAAAUAUUUAUUGCUUUUUAAGGCACCUUUCAAUCAUCUAACUUUAUGCUGGACAAAGAACCUGAUUCCAGUCCAUCAUCCUUCCUCUGAGGAAAACUGAACUAAAACAUCGCACUCGUCCCCAGACUCCACACACCUGGGAAAGUGCUGAGCUUUGAGCACGGUCUGGUAGACUCCACACGGAAGAGCGCUGUCCAGGGAUUCAGCCCGGGGGAGGAGCUGGAGUCUGUCUGUCUCCCGGCCUGUGUGUGCUGCACGCCGGCAGUCCAGCAGACACAGGUGAGGGCUCAGGUGGGGGCCACAGCCCUGAACACAGCCUGUCCCUCGGGGGAGGGGACAACAACACCUCCCUGCCCCGCGUGUGCGUUAGCUACGCGAUUCUUGGCCGACUGCCCUCUUCCAGGCAGAGCAAAAGGCCACCUGCCUUCAGCCUGGUGGAGGGUUUGUAAGGGAGCACAACUCGCUCACGAGUUUUUGGCCGUAACUUUCAAGAGAAAGGUCCCUCGGCACACGACUGCACUGGGCACCACGGGAGACGGAGACGCGGUGCGACAAGGUGCGCCACA